CCCCUUUUUUUAGCUCUCUGACCUUGUUUCCUAUUCCUUACCCCCUCCUCAUUCUAUUCUAACCACACUGGCUGCCUUAUUCUACAAACACACCAGUCCCUCCUUAUGGGCCUUUGCACUAGCUCCCUCUCGAGGCCUCGACCAGGGCGGGGGAUCAAGUUUGCAAUGGAGGUACCUGCCCUUGGCCAGAAUUGAACCUGGGACCCUUCAGUCUGAGGGCCAAGGCUUUAACCACUGAGCCAAACCAGCUAGGGUGCACUAGCUCCUUCUUAGUAUGCUUUUCCCACAGGUAUCGACAUGGCUAACUUCUCCAGCUGCUUUAAGUCAUUGGUCAAAUAUCACUUUAAUAAAGCCCCGCCAUGACCACGUUCUUUAAAAUUGCAACAUUCCACCCCCUGCCCAUUUCUUACCCCUUCACCUGCUCUGCUUUUUCUCUUUAUGCUAGUAUUUAUCACCUAAUAUCCUAUAUAAAUUACUUAUGUAUAUUACUUGUCUGCCCCCAUUAGAAUAUAAACCCUGUGAGGGCAGGAACCUUUGGUGUUUUAUUUAGUGAAAUAUCUAAAACUGCUUGACACAUAGUAGGCACUCCAUAAAUACUUGUUCAGUGAAUUAAUGGGAAGCUAUUGAAGGUUUUAAAUAAGAAAGUGACAAGAUCAUGUCUUAAAAGAUUGCUUUACCCUAUGAAGAAUGGAUUGUAGAAUGAAUAAUGGAAGUGAGUGAGUUUGGUGAAGGAAGUUUGACUAUGAAGGGGAGGAGAGUGGGUCCUGUGGAGGGGAUUGGAGGAGCAGGACCCUGAGCUCAGACAAUUUGGGAAGAGGGACCAUUCUUUCACAGAAGGGGAGUGCAGAUGGAGACCAUCAUGAAGAAGCCACAAGCAGCUGUGGGAAGUCGUCGCAGGAAAUGGGCAUCUAGCCAGGAAGGAAGGAAGAAACUUGCCCUCAACAGCAGGCAGGCCAAGCCUUCUGUCCCUGAUGGCCAGGCCAGGCAGCAGGAGGUGGUAUUGCAGGCCUCUGUCUCCCGGUACCAUCUAUUCAGAGAUACAGCUGAGGUCACAGCCUUCCGGGAGAGCCUGCUGAGCUGGUACGAUGGAGAGAAGCGAGACCUACCCUGGAGAAGGCGGGCAGAGGAUGAGGUGGACCUGGACAGGCGGGCAUAUGCUGUGUGGGUCUCAGAGGUCAUGCUGCAGCAGACCCAGGUUGCCACGGUGAUCGACUAUUAUACCAGAUGGAUGCAGAAGUGGCCAACACUGCAAGAUCUGGCCAGUGCUUCCCUGGAGGAAGUGAACCAGCUCUGGGCUGGCCUAGGAUACUACUCUAGAGGCCGGCGGCUGCAGGAGGGAGCCCGGAAGGUGGUAGAGGAGCUCGGGGGCCAUGUGCCACGCACAGCAGAGACCUUGCAGCGGCUCCUUCCUGGUGUGGGGCGGUACACAGCUGGAGCCAUUGCUUCCAUUGCCUUUGGCCAGGUAACCGGUGUGGUGGAUGGGAAUGUAAUGCGGGUGCUAUGCCGUGUCCGAGGCAUUGGUGCUGAUCCCAGCAGCACCUUUGUCUCCCAGCAGCUCUGGAGCCUAGCCCAGCAGCUGGUAGACCCAGCCCGGCCAGGAGACUUCAACCAAGCAGCCAUGGAGCUGGGGGCCACAGUGUGCACCCCACAGCACCCGCUCUGCAGCCAGUGCCCUGUGCAGAGCCUGUGCCGGGCACACCAGAGGGUGGAGCGGGAGCAGCUUGUAGCUUCACAGAGCCUGCCAGGCAGUCCUGAUGUGGAGGAGUGUGCUGCCAACACUGGACAGUGCCAGCUGUGCGCACCUCCUACAGAGCCCUGGGACCAGACCCUGGGAGUGACCAACUUUCCCAGAAAGGCCAGCCGUAGGCCCCCCAGGGAGGAGUACUCUGCCACCUGUGUCCUGGAACAGCCCAAGGCCCUUGGGGGUGCCCGAAUUCUGCUGGUGCAGAGGCCCAGCUCAGGUCUGCUGGCAGGACUGUGGGAGUUUCCGUCUGUGACUGUGGAUCCCUCAGGGCAGCAUGAGCACAAGGCCCUGCUGCAGGAACUGCAGAGUUGGGCCGGGCCUCUCCCAGCCACCCGCCUGCAGCACCUUGGGCAGGUGGUCCACACCUUCUCUCACAUCAAGCUGACCUAUCAAGUAUAUGGUCUGGCCCUUGAAGGGCAGGCCCCAGUGACAAUCACACCACCUGGCGCUCGCUGGCUGACCCGGGAAGAGUUUCACACCGCAGCUGUCUCCACCGCCAUGAAAAAGGUGUUCCGCGUGUACGAGGGCCAACAGCCAGGGACCUGCAAGAGUUCCAAAAGAUCCCAGGUGUCUACUCCAUCCAGCCGGAAAAAGCCCAGCAAAGGCCAGCGAGUCCUGGAUAGUUUCUUUCGGCCUCACAUCCCCACUGAUGCACCUAGACUCAACAGUAUGGCCCAGUGACACCUCUGGAAGGCCCCCUCCCCUUGAGAAUGAUGUUGUUUAAUAAAGUGCUUAUUUUUAUA